AUGAUUCUCACCCACGCCGUGCCAGCGCUCAUACUCGGCCACGCACAAUGCCUUCUCAUCAAUUCUCUUGCAUCUGUCAACAGCCCGACCUGGGACGCAUUCAACCAGAGCGUAUCAGGGCGACUAUUCACCGGUCAGCCGGUGCUAGCACCAUGCUUUACCUCCGUGAGCGGCGCGCCGCAGAGCCCAGACACACAGGAGUGUGAGCGCGUGGUGGGCAAUCAGAUGGAUGCAGCAUUUAUAUCUGACAUAUUUGGUGGAUAUGCCACUGGAAACUGGGCCUCCUGCCAAGCAACAGGCGAAACCUGUGUGUUCAAUACCACAACCGGACUACACCCAGCAGGUGACUGUCAACAGGGAGCCGUGCCCAGGAAAUACGUCGAAGUGCACACCGUGGAGGACGUGCAGCGGACGAUGGAGUUCGCGCAUCGACACCGUCUUCGCUUGGUUAUCAAGAAUACAGGACACGAUUACAAAGGGCGUAGCUCGGCGCCGGAUGCGCUUGCACUAUGGACACACAAAUAUCAACCGGCAAUCCGGCUAGACCGGUCUUUUACCCCCGAUGGAUGCCAUAACCCAGUCGGUGGUGUGAUUACAUUCGGAGCAGGACAGCAAUUCGAGGGGAUCUAUGAGUUUGCACACGCGCAUGGUUAUAGGGUUGUUGGAGGGAUGUCGAAGACGGUGGGAGCUGCUGGGGGUGGAUUACGGGGGGAGGGCAUACUAACGACUACGGCAGGCCUCGGCGUCGACAACGUUUACCAAUUCCAAGCCGUCCUCCCAAACGGGACAUACGUAACCGCCAACCGAUGCCAAAACCAAGACAUCUUCUUCGCCCUGCGCGGCGGCGGAGGCGGGACCUUCGGGGUGAUCAUGGAGAUGAGCGUGGCAGCGCAUGCCGAGAAGUCAAUGGAGGUGUUCACGAUGGACCUACCCAAUUCUGAUCCUGGCAAUGCAGAGAAGCUCCUCGCUGCCGUGGUCGCCAGUGCAGACCGCUGGGCGUCUGAAGGGUGGGGAGGCUACAUCCUGCCUGGGGGGCGGACAGAGCAGCCGUCGACGAUGGUGAUGGCCACUGCACUGCUGGAUCAUGCGGCGGCGGGGGAGUCUGUGCAGUCACUUAUGACAUUGACGGAGGAGGCAGGAAUGGCACGCGAGGCCAAUCUAACCUCUGUAUCUGGUUUCUACGAGGUCGCCAAGGGAAUACUGGACGGUAAAUUGCUAGAACGGUCAGUAUCCAGCGGAACGGUGAUGUCAUCACGGAUCAUACCACGAGAGGCUUUCCUCGGAGAGGACAAACAAACAAGACUGACGUCUAUACUAAACGACAUCCGGUUGGCGGGCCAGAGGAACGAUGCGUCGCAGAUGCUGAUCCUAAUGACAGCGCCUACUGUAUACUCACAGAACCUGCCAGCAUCUGAUGAGCCAGACGGACCGGGUGCAUCGUCCGUGACGCCCGCGUGGCGCAAUGGACUAUGGCAUGUUAUCCACGUACGCAGUUUCGACACUGUGGUAACAGGCCCCGAUGUCGUGAGAGAGGUAUUCCAUGAUACCCAUCAGGCGAUGAACCCGCUGCGAGAGUUCACCCCUGGGGGAGGAGCGUAUCAGAACGAGGCGGAUGUGUUUGAGCCAGAUCCGGUUGGGGCGUUCUGGGGGGAGAAGAAUUAUGAGCGUUUGAUGAGGAUUAAGGCGAGUUUGGAUCCGGGGAAUCUGUUGACGGUGCAUCAGGGGGUGGGGUGGGAUGGGGAGGAUGCUAGGUUUGGUUGUUAUCCUGCAUCUCAGUAG